UACACAUAAAACAGGCAUCACUAAGUGGUAGCUGCAACUUGUGUUCACGACUUCACACUUUGUUUUUUUCUUUUAAGUGGAGUCACAUUUAUUAUAUUGGAACUAGAUUGAAUAAAUAUGCGUCCCAGAAUUCAGCUGAAGGUUGUUAGAGAACAGAUGAAAUAUUUGGAAGAACCAAUUCAAUUGAUGGAGCCUGUUAUUGGCUUGAUGAAAAAUGCAUUGGAAAAAAGUAAGACGUGGAUGGAAGAUAUAAAUGACAACCCUUCUAUUACAUACAUAGAUCUUUGCCAGGAACUUGCAUCAGCAACCACGGCCUUGUUGGAUGUAGCUUCAAACAUUUUAAGCGAUAAUGAAGAGCUUGUCGAUGUUGAUGGUAGCACGCCAUCUGUAGCUCAGUCUACUCUAGAGCCUACAAAAACAGAAACACCUGACCAAAGUGAAUCAAUAAAUCAAGUGACUAAACUAGUUAAAAAUCAAGAAGAAGUAGUAUUCACUCGACUGGGACUUUUAGAAAACAGAAUAUCUUGUCUAGAAAGUUCAAUACAAAAAACUAAAGAAGACGCGUCAGAAAUAAAACAAUGGAGAAAAAACUUUGUAACGGAACAGAGUGACAUUGAACAACUGACUAAAAAACAAAAGCAGAAUUUUAAAAACCUCAGAAAACAAAUGAGUGAACAAGAUACCAAUGUAAAGGAGCUAAACAAAGAAAUUGAAAGUUUAAAAGAAAAAAGAUCCAAGUCAAACAAAACACUAAAGAAACUGUCACUAGAUAUGAAGGAAUAUGAAAACAACUUACUGACAAUAAGUAAAGAGUUGCAAGAUCACGCAGAUACAACUGAUAGAAUAACACAAGAAAUUAAAAAACAUUCAGAUCAGAUGUCUACCCUACUAGAAGAGAGUUAUAAAAUCAAGCUUAAUACAUCAACUCAAAUAGAAAAGCACAAUUUGAUGUACAAACUCCUGCAACAAAGGUUGAUGCCCAUUGACAAACUGAUUCAAAUCUUUAACCAGAAAUUGGAAACUAAGGGGAAAAAAAUAACAAAGCUGGAAAAUAUUGAAGAUACUAUUUCAAAAAUGUCCAAUGAUUUGAAUCUAAUAGAUUCACGUGUAUGUAACAGAUAUGCUUGUUAUGUACAACUUGCUGGUGACACACCUGUCAGUAAUGGAUUAAUUAUUUCAACACUUGAUGACGUACGUGAAUAUAACGGUCAACAUUUUAAUCGAACAACAGGAAAAUUUGUAUCACCACAUGAUGGUUUAUAUCUUGUCUGUGUCACUCUACAUGAAUGGGCAGAUAAACUUGUUAAAGUUGCUGUAGUGACUGGAGACAGGUGUUGUACGUCUAUAGAAGUGAAAUCAGCCAGAACUAGCGCUGCUGAGUCAGUGGUUGUUGACAUGAAGAAAGGUCAAGAACUGUACUUUCAAGUGUCUCACGCAGAUGCAUGCGCAAUAUUAUCCUGCUACAGUAGUUUUACUAUCGUUAGUUUAUAGAAGUACAAUACAAAACAUGGUGGAUGGUAAAUU